CUGCUUAUUUCCCGCUGUCAGGAUGAGGAGGCGGAGGUCGGCGCUCUGGUCCGUCUCUGCCCGGGGCUGUGGCGGCGCCGGCGGCUCCAGCCUUAGCGGUUCCUCCCUGGGCGGCGGCGGCCGCGGCUCGGUCGACGCCUCCUCCGCCAGCUGAGCCCGCGACAGCCCGGGACGCCGCUUCCCCGCCCAUUCCCGUUCCCCGAGGCCCCUUCUGGCCAUGGCGCAGCCGGGCCCGGCUCCCCAGCCUGACGUUUCUCUUCAGCAACGGGUAGCAGAAUUGGAAAAAAUUAAUGCAGAUUUUUUACGGGCACAGCAGCAGCUUGAGCAAGAAUUUAAUCAAAAGAGAGCAAAAUUUAAGGAACUGUAUUUGGCUAAAGAAGAGGAUCUCAAGAGGCAAAAUGCAGUAUUGCAAGCUGCACAGGAUGAUUUGGGUCAUCUUCGGACACAGCUGUGGGAGGCUCAGGCAGAGAUGGAGAAUAUUAAGGCAAUUGCCACAGUCUCUGAAAAUACUAAGCAAGAAGCUAUAGAUGAAGUUAAAAGGCAGUGGAGAGAAGAAGUUGCUUCACUUCAGGCUGUAAUGAAAGAGACAGUUCGUGACUAUGAGCAUCAGUUUCAUCUGAGGCUGGAGCAGGAGCGAGCACAGUGGGCACAGUAUCGAGAAUCUGCAGAGCGGGAAAUAGCUGACUUAAGAAGAAGGUUGUCUGAAGGUCAAGAGGAAGAAAAUUUAGAAAAUGAAAUGAAAAAGGCCCAAGAAGAUGCUGAAAAGCUUCGCUCUGUUGUGAUGCCCAUGGAGAAGGAAAUUGCAGCUUUGAAAGAUAAACUGACAGAAGCUGAAGAGAAGAUUAAAGAGCUGGAGGCCUCAAAGGUUAAGGAACUGAAUCAUUAUCUGGAGGCUGAGAAGUCUUGUAGGACCGAUCUGGAGAUGUAUGUAGCUGUUUUGAACACUCAGAAAUCUGUUCUACAGGAAGAUGCUGAGAAAUUGAGGAAAGAAUUGCAUGAAGUUUGCCAUCUCUUGGAGCAAGAACGACAACAACACAACCAGUUAAAACAUACAUGGCAGAAGGCCAAUGACCAGUUUCUGGAAUCUCAGCGUUUACUGAUGAGAGACAUGCAGCGAAUGGAGAUUGUGCUAACUUCCGAACAACUACGACAAGUUGAAGAAUUGAAGAAGAAAGAUCAGGAGGAGGAUGAACAACAAAGGCUUAGUAAGAGGAAAGAUAGCAAAAAAACAGAUCCCGAAGAAGAAGUAAAAAUUCCAGUAGUGUGUGCUUUAACUCAAGAAGAAUCUUCAACACCAUUAUCAAAUGAAGAGGAGCAUUUAGACAGUACCCAUGGGUCAGUCCAUUCUUUAGAUGCAGACUUGCUGUUACCAUCUGGAGAUCCAUUCAGUAAAUCAGACAGUGACAUGUUUAAAGAUGGACUCCGGAGAGCUCAGUCUACAGACAGCUUGGGAACCUCAAGCUCAUUGCAAUCAAAAGCAUUAGGCUAUAACUACAAAGCAAAGUCUGCUGGAAACUUGGAUGAAUCGGAUUUUGGACCACUGGUUGGAGCAGAUUCUGUGUCUGAGAACUUUGAUACUGUGUCCCUUGGGUCACUGCAGAUGCCAAGUGGAUUUAUGUUAACCAAAGAUCAAGAAAGAGCAAUUAAGGCAAUGACACCUGAACAGGAGGAGACAGCAUCCCUCCUCUCCAGUGUCACCCAGGGUAUGGAGAGUGCAUAUGUAUCUCCCAGUGGUUACCGCUUAGUGAGUGAGACUGAAUGGAAUCUCCUGCAGAAAGAGGUACAUAAUGCUGGAAAUAAGCUUGGUAGACGUUGUGAUAUGUGUUCCAAUUAUGAAAAACAGUUACAAGGAAUUCAGAUUCAGGAAGCUGAAACAAGAGACCAGGUGAAAAAACUGCAGGUCAUGCUAAGGCAAGCUAAUGACCAGCUGGAGAAGACAAUGAAAGAGAAACAGGAGCUGGAGGACUUUAUGAAGCAGAGUACUGAGGACUCAAGCCACCAGAUAUCUGCACUUGUUCUAAGAGCUCAAGCCUCUGAGGUCUUACUUGAAGAAUUACAGCAAAGCUUUUCUCAAGCAAAGAGGGAUGUUCAGGAACAGAUGGCUGUGCUGAUGCAGUCUCGUGAACAGGUUUCAGAAGAGCUGGUGAGGUUACAGAAAGACAAUGACAGCCUCCAGGGAAAGCAUAGCUUGCACGUGUCAUUACAGCUAGCAGAAGACUUCAUUCUCCCAGAUACUGUGGAGAUGCUCCGGGAACUGGUGUUAAAAUAUCGGGAGAACAUCGUUCAUGUGAGGACAGCAGCAGACCACAUGGAAGAGAAGCUGAAGGCUGAAAUACUUUUCCUAAAAGAGCAGAUUCAAGCAGAACAGUGUUUAAAAGAAAACCUUGAAGAGACUCUACAGCUGGAAAUAGAAAACUGCAAAGAGGAAAUAGCUUCCAUUUCUAGUCUAAAAGCUGAAUUAGAAAGAAUAAAAGUUGAAAAGGGACAGUUGGAGUCUACGUUAAGAGAGAAGUCACAACAACUUGAGAGUCUCCAAGAAAUAAAGGUUAAUUUAGAGGAACAGUUAAAGAAAGAAACUGCUGCUAAGGUUACUGUUGAACAGCUCAUGUUUGAAGAGAAGAACAAAGCUCAGAGGUUACAGACAGAAUUAGAUGUCAGUGAACAAGUCCAGAGAGAUUUUGUAAAACUUUCUCAGACUCUUCAGGUGCAGUUAGAGAGGAUCCGGCAAGCAGACUCCUUGGAGAGAAUUCGGGCAAUUCUGAAUGAUACCAAAUUGACAGACAUUAACCAGCUCCCUGAGACAUGACACCCUGGUAGCAGGAUUCUAACCUGCAUUUUGGGUUUUUAACUCAUCUUUAGAAUAACAUUAAUUAUUAUUUAACUCUUAUUGGAAGAAGUCACAGCAAAAGGAAGACUGGAGAAAUGCAAAUCUGGAGGAAGAAAGCUGCGGUGCGCAAGGAUAGUCAACAGAUGUUUCAAAGGGACACUAAUGGACACCGGACUCGAUUCCAACAGGUGUGGGGUCAGAUUUGGUGCCAGAAAAGUGCUGUUUCCUUGCCUGCUUUCUCCAACGUGGAUCCUGGAACAAUCUGACACGAAAGCAGCUUCCCCAUAGUGUUUGGAACUAUGUUUUCUGUUCAUACAAACGGGGAGAGAGAAGUUUCUUUUUCUGUUGUCUAGGGCUCAUCAGUAGCAGUGUCCAGCUAGCAGAGAGGUGUAGUGUGCUGAAGAGUAUUUUAUAUUAAAAUAUGAAGUGUGAGAGCAGG